CUCGCUCGCUCGCUCGCGAGUCGCGGCUCGACCAGUCGUCGGUCGCGUCGAGAGCGAGUGCGUGCGUUCUCGGUAUAGAGCAGUGCAGUCGCGCCGCCGCGAGCGUGUGUGUACAGUGUGCAGAGAGCGAGUCCGAGUCGUCUCGUUGCCCGCAGAACCGCGGCCCGUGUGUCCAUCCCUCUCGCUUCUCUCCCCCCCCCCCCGAAAGUGUGCUGCUGCUGAGCGCGAGUGUGUUGCAACUACCGAUCCGAGAGCGAAAUCGCCUCCCGCGCUUGGUCGAUACACAGUGUAACGUAACUCGAUCGUCACCUAGUGCCGCACGUCUGGAGAGUUUGUGUGUGUGUGUGUGUGUGUGUCUCGGGCCCGGAAACAGACGCCGGACCAAGCGGACUGCGGAACGAGCCGGCGCGCCCCUCGUCGGGUUCAGCAGCCUCCAAGAACUCCUCCUCCCGACGAGUAGUACUCCCCGGCGACGGCGAUGUCCUGCACCAGGAUCUGCUAGUAUUCGCCGCAGCUGAAAAGAGCAGCAGCAGCAGCAGCAGCAGCAGCAGUGCUAUCACGCGUCGAGCUCAGAGCGAAUUGUAAAAGUGGCUCCGCAUCGGGAAAAAGCAGUAGCAGCAGCAGCAGCAGCAGCUGAGGAGUCUCAAAAUUGAAAAAUAGAGCGAGCAAGACAACAGCAGCCAGGAUGCUCAAGUUCAUAAGAGGCAAGGGCCAGCAGCCCACGGCCGAGCGGCAGAAGCUGCAAAAAGACCUAUUCGCCUUCCGUAAGACGGUUCAGCAUGGCUUCCCAAACAAACCGACGGCCAUCGCCUGGGAUCCGAGUCUGCGGCUGAUGAUCAUCGGCACGGCAUCCGGAGCCAUCAAAGUUUUUGGAAGGCCAGGUGUCGAGUUUUACGGUCAGCAUGCCAGCGAGAGCGGCGAAAUCGCCGUCACCAAGAUCAUCGCUUUGCCUAACGAGGGUCGAGUGGUGUCGCUCUGCGAUGACAACUCGCUGCACCUCUGGGAGAUCAACGAGAACUCGGUCAUCGAGACCAAGUCGCUCGCGCUGGAGGGUAAGCUGAAGAAGAUCUCGGCGAUGUGCCUCGAGUCCAACGGCGACCACCUUCUCCUCGGAACCGAGGGCGGAAACAUCUACCUCCUCAACCUCAAGACCUUCACCAUGUCCGACACGAUCAUCUACCAGGACGUCGUCAUGCAAAACGUUCCCAAGGACUUCAAGGUGAACCCCGGACCAGUGGAAGCCAUUGCCGAGCAGCCCGGACACCCUGACAACAUUCUCAUCGGUUACAAUCGCGGCCUCAUGGUUCUCUGGAACAAGGCCACCCCAGGUGCUCAACAGCUGAUGGGUUUGUUUUCGCGUGCGCAGACAUUCGUCUCCACGCAGCAGCUCGAGUCGGUGCACUGGGUCUCGGAGUCGCGCUUCGUCUUUUCCCACAACGACGGGUCUUACGCAUUCGCCAGUCCUGGCAAUGAGGAGCCACCUACUCCGACGACACCUUACGGGCCCUUCCCUUGUAAGGCCAUCACCAAGAUCGUCGUUCAUCCCACGGAAGACGACGACGAGCUGAUUCUCUUCUCGGGCGGCAUGCAGCGCUCGGUGCAUAGUGAUCGCCACACCAUAACCGUCAAGCAAGAGGGCAAGAAUAAGAAACACGUCGUCUUCGAUUUCACUUCCAAGGUCAUCGACUUCUUUACGAUCCUUCCCAAGAAGAAGCAACCACAAGACGGUGACGAGGAGAAGGACGAAAAAGCAAAAAAUACCGAAUCCCCAGAAGCUCUGAUUGUCCUCGCCGAGGAGGAACUCAUCGCUAUCGACCUUACGGAUCCUGAUUGGAAGAUGAUGGCUCUGCCGUACCUCGUGUCACUACACGCUAGCGCUGUAACCUGCUCUCAGCACGUGCCUAAUAUACCAGAGGAGCUAUGGGAGGCUAUUGAAUCGGCUGGCAAAGCUCAAACUGGACAUCUCUACUCGGAAAAAGAAUGGCCUAUCGACGGAGGUGUGUUGCUCUGUCGCAAACCAGCCGAAUCUGAUAAACCAAAACCUCGUGAACUUUUACUUACUGGUCACGAGGACGGUACCGUCCGCUUUUGGAAUGCCUCGGAUGUCGCGCUUACUCCGCUUUAUAAGUACAAUUCGUCGAUACUCUUCACUGGAGAGCACCUGGACGUGCUUGAACAACCGCCCGAAGACGAGGAAGAUGAGUGGCCGCCCUUCCGAAAGGUGGGUACAUUUGAUCCGUAUUCGGACGAUCCGCGUCUGGCCGUGAAAAAGGUGCUGCUUUGCCCUCUCUCUUCGACCCUUGUGAUCGCGGGAACAGCUGGUCAUGUUAUCACUGCCAAGAUCUCCGCUGAAGCAAUCAACAAGGAGAUCAAAUCCGUGACGAUGAACGUGGUAAACGACCGUGAUGGGUUUGUCUGGAAAGGACACGAACACUUACCUGCUCGCACGGCUAGCAUUUCGUUUGCUGUGGGUUUCCAGCCGCACUGUCUGCUCCAGCUCUACCCGCCGGCUGCUGUGACAGCUCUUGCGAUGCACAGCGAGUGGGGACUACUGGCUGCGGGCACAGCUCACGGACUGGCUGUUUUCGACUACGUGAGGAUUAAAGCUAUCAGUGUCAAAUGCACACUCAAUCCAAAUGAUCUUUCUGGUGCUGGUGACACGCCGAUUUCCCGAAGGAAAUCCUUCAAGAAAUCCUUGAGAGAAUCUUUCAGAAGAUUGAGAAAAGGAAGAUCGCAGCGUAGAGCGACCACAGCUACUGGCAGUCCCCCUCGUCCCGCUACGGCUCCCGAAGCGAAAAAGAAAGACGCCCCGAGCAUUGCCUCUUCUCCAAGUGGUGAUGCACCCAUAGACGUAAAGCCUGUUGAGCGACAAGUCGAAGCUAGGCCUGUGGAUGAUGCAUCAGGUUCCAUGGUCAGAUGUCUAUAUUUCGCUAGAAGUUAUAUUAUUAGUAUGCAAAAUACAACACCAACAUUGUGGGCUGGUACAAAUAAUGGCACAGUUUACGUUUUCACUUUGGCGAUUCCCGCUGGCGUACGUCGCACCGAAGAGGAUGUUAACUGCACCCUCGGUAAAGAGAUUCAGUUGAAGCAUCGGGCACCUGUGAUCGCCAUUACGAUCCUUGACGGUUCUAAUAUUCCCCUGCCGGAGCCGUUUGAAGCAGAGCGUGGAGUUUGCCCGGGUCCUGACAUGGCCUCACCUCAUCGCGUCGUCAUCGCCAGCGAAGAACAGUUCAAAAUAUUUAACCUACCCUCACUCAAACCAUUCUGUAAAUAUAAGCUCACAGCCCAUGAGGGCUCGCGAGUAAGAAAAACAGGAUUUGCGAAGUUCACUUGUCCCGUCGAACCCUCGGGUCAGCACGAGGAGACGUGUUUGCUGUGUUUGACGAAUCUGGGCGAGUGCUUGGUUUUAGGGAUUCCGGAACUGAGGAGACAGCUCAAUGCUGCGACGAUAAAGAGAGAAGAUAUCAACGGUAUAUCCUCGUUGACGUUCACGAAAGCUGGCGAAGCCCUGUACCUGCACUCGUCGUCUGAGCUGCAGCGCAUUUCGUUAUCCGCCGCCAAAAUGACCAAGGCACACUGUGCUCUCAAUCUACCCCCCAAUGCCAGAUCCACUCCCGAAGUGGCAACACCUGAACAAAAGGAUACCUCAACCACGGAACCAGAGGAAAAGAACGAAGAAGCCACAAAUGAAGAGGUAGUAGUUGAAGAGAAGGGAGUGAACCAAACUCAAGCACUGCCUAAGGUUAUAACCGAGAAUGGCGUCGUUGGAUCCACAAACGGAGAAGAGUCGCCGAAGGAGCCUUCACUCAGACCGGCAGCCAGCACAACUGAUGUCAACGGAGAUGACGACCGCCAAGAUCUUAGUUCGUUGGGAGACAUUACUAUUGACAGUGUGAAGGAUCAUCUGCUUAACAGUUCGCUUUUCAGAAAUGCAACAUCAUCCGAGGAUCUUCACAAUCGUCUUGCUGGACUGAAGAUGGAAGUGACCUCGCGUACCUCGGAGAUUUCGACGCAGAACCAAUCCGUAGUCGUAAAGACAACGACGGUGAUAUCGCAACAAGCCUCGACAAAUGGUAUCACAACAAACGGUGAUGUGGAGACCCAGACCACGCAGCAGAAUGCGUGCGAACAAGUGAACAGCACUACAGUAGAAAGAGAAAUUAGCAGCGGUACCGAAACAACAACAACACAUGCCACCAUCACGUUACCCCCGAACGUCGAGAUUAGUGCCGCAGAUCUAGCGAACUUAGAAUGCACAACUACAACGGUCAUCACAGAAAAGACAAAGGCUCCCUUAGCCAAACCGGAAGAAGUUGGAUCGUAAAUUAAUGUUUUCAUAUGAUCCACAAAAAAUGAAAACAGGAUUAAUUAAUGCAGGAAUAAGAAGAUAACAAAAACUAAUGAACCUGUGUACAGUGGCGCGUUAGACAGAGUUUAUAUAUAUAUAUAUAUAUAUAUAUAUAUAUGAAAAAAGUAGAUUUUUUUAAAAAUCUAGAUUUCUACGCGAAUUUCGAGUAUGCUAGCUCUAUAAGUAUAAAAACAAGAAAAUGCGUAUAAUACGGUGAUUAGAGUGCACCGAAGAAAAGAAAAAGCGUAUGUUGGCGAAAAUAAACGGUGAAAUUAUAAAGCACAGCUCAAGGGUGGUACUGCGUGCUUUUUUUAAACGUAUUUGUAUCUGUUCGAGCUGUGAGGUGAAUUCUAUAUAGCAUACUUUUCCUGUAUGAGAUUUGCUCGAUCGAUAUGCUCCCUUAAUUUUAUAUGUUCGUUCCAUAAUGUACUCGUAAUUUAUAUACAUAAUGAAAGUAAUUCACUUUUUUAGAUCAUUUAUUGCAAAAAAUACACUUCGUAAAACAAAACGAAUUUAUGUAAAAGUCGCUUGUUAUCGAUUUGAUCUGAAAUCUAUUUUAAACCUUUAAACUUUUUUUACAAUUUUAUAAUAAUUUGUCUUAAGAUUUUUGAACUAAUGUUUUAAAAUUAUAUAUGCAGAAAUUUACAUCCUAAUCUUGAUUAGUAGUCGAUAACGGGUGACUAUAUAAUAACAUUGUGACAAUUAUUAUUAUUAUUAUUACUUGAUUAUUAACUGUAAUAAUCAAUUUUAAUAUUUGCUCUGAUAUUGUCUUCUUUUUAUAUGUUACAGAAAAGCAACUUUAUUCACUUUGUACCUUAUUAUUGUUAAUCUUGUAUUUAACAAUACUUUUUCAAUCGUAUAUUCCGCUAUUAAAAAGGCGUUGAAUGUCAAAUACAAGUGAAAGAGGUUGUCAAAAAUGUGAAGAUUUGCAAUUAAAUAAUUUUCACGUAUAACGACUGCGAAAUCUUAGACUUAUAAGACAAGAUUUUUAGAGAGUUAAAUUUUUUUGCUUCCGCUACGACUAUGCUUAUAAGUAUAAUUGAAAGAUGUUAAUUAAACAUUAAGUGUACACAUUCGGGUCGAAAGCAUGAACCGACGUAUACAUUAUUUAGUAUGAAGCGCAUUCUAGGAUUUUUAAUUAUUAAGGACUUUCUGUUGCAAAGGAAGUUAUUAUAUGUAAUUCAUUUUGGAUUCAUAUUUUUAUGACUAAUAACAAAAAAAAACUUUUAAAUUUAGUAAAAUCAGAAGAGGGUCAUGCAUAGAAGUUUACAUACAUAUAAAUGCUACAAAUUGAAAGAUGUAUUUAUAUAUAUAACCAUAAAUAAUCCACAUGCAAUUAUGUAUAAUUAUUUUUUGCCUGGGUAUUAAAUACGCUGUGCAAAGUGCAAGAAUACAUCACAGGUCGUGGAAGUUGUGUAGCAGCCAUAUCGCGUAUCGUAAAAAAGGUUACAAAGUGAAAUAAAUAGACACAAAGGUAAUAAUAAAAAAAAAAAAAAAUCACAAAUGCGACGUAAAGCCUUUCACAGUAUUUUUAGCAUAAAACAGAAAUAAAGCAUUAAACCGGCUAUUUUAUCACUGGACGUCCGAAUUUCAUAUUGUAAACGAAAAGGUUAUUUUCAAUUUUUAGUCGAGAAAUUACUGUUGAUCCAUAAUAUUUUUAUGACAUCAAAUUAAUAAAAUCAUUAGCAUAUUUUUAAUAAGAUCAAUAAGCUGAUUAAUAAUUCAUUCUUUACAAAUCUUUGCGAGUCUUUGUUUUAAAAAUCAACAUAUCCAUGUUUAAUAAAGAUUUUAUUUUAAACGUAGGAUUUUUAAAAUUCAUAAGAUAUUGAAGAUUUUUCAUAUUAUCUCACAAAUUACUUUAUUAACUAAGUGAUUUUGUGAAAACUUUAUAUUUCAGUCUUAUCAGAAGUAUCAAAUACUGAAAGCUUUAUGUGUAGGCAUAUUAUUUAACGAUACGCAGUUAAUGUAAUUUUUCAGAAUUUCAGGGAUAUCAGAAAAAACUAAAAAGUAACAAUGAGAAUUGAGCGAACUGUGACGUAUAAAUGAGACACAUACACGUUGCAGAUAUAUUUUUAUUAAUGUUGCUUAGUCGUUAAACCUUGCAGCAAAAUUAAUUUUUUUCUAUGAGAGUUACAAUUUCCUCAGCAAAAGCAAUUUGUUGGGGUACACUUUGCAUUUAAUAAAUAAUUAAUCCGUGCAUUAGAAAAACAAGCGCUGUUUUUUCUAUUUUAUGCUUCAUAUUUGACGCGUGUUUUUGUACUGCAUCAUAUCUAUUAUUAAUAUUAUUAUUCGUUAAAUAUCUUGGUGGAGGACCAUUUGUUGUGUAUUACUUUUACUCGAAUGCGUAUCUCUGUUAAUCUUUCAUGCACUAGUUUGUGUAUUACACUCUGUAAUCAAGCAUCAAAGCGUUUCGAGUAUAUGAGAAAGUUGAUUACUUAAGAAAAUUAAUUGUCUUUUUAAUUCGGUUGUAUUAACAUUAAAUACAUUGUUCAAAAAGUUCAAUGUCGUAUAUUCUUAAGUGGGUUUGAUUGUUCGACUAAUUAAUCAGUAUAAUUGAUGAUUUUCAGCAGUUUUAAACACGCAUGCGGUGAGGGAUUAUGUCUGUUCAAGAAGAGCCAUUUUACGAAAAAAACUUGAAUAUAUUUGUUAUUUGAUCAAAAGUGAAAUAAGUAAUCAACUUUUGAAUUUCCUAAAUAAAGAACAAUUAGUGCGAUUACAGCUUUAUGUUUUUCUCAGUGCAACGUUCAUCGCAAUAUAGAGUGCACGAGAGACUCUCACUUCCAGGACUAGCUAUAUAUUGCAAAAUGCGUUUGGAAUUAAUGUUCCCAAACAAUUUUUUUUAUCGUAUUUAAGAUAGUUUUACACGAAUACUCUCUUUUUUGUGAAGAAUAAUUAAUGAUAUCGCUUGAUAAUAACAGUUUUUUGUCAUUCUAAUUUUAACGUUUACAUUCGUGUUUAACUAUUUCAAAUGAAAAGAUAGCGUCUGUAGCUUUGUUCGCUUCCAAAAGUGUCUCCUGCAACGCGUCAACGAAUAAUGCAUGCAUUAAAGUAUAUAUUCUAAUGUAACUACUAUACAUAUUUAUAAAUACAUUUUAACAGACGCAGACGAUUAACACGGGGCCUUUGUAGAUAGUUUUUAAUCGUUUUGAGUUUUUUUAUUAUAAAUGUUGGAUAUGAAUUUGUACAAUUUUUCAAAUUGUUUACUAGCAAAAUGUAGUUUUUCCAUUAUCGACUAAUAAAAUUGUUUUUCAACGACAAAUAACUUGAAAUGUUCGCCAUGUUCAGUCCAUUAAAAAAUAUUUUUACAUGACACUGCCUUAAACAUGAAAAUCUUAACAAUUGACUUAUAAAGUACUGUAAAACAUCACUUAUUCUAUAUUAUUAAACUUUUACUUCUGAAAA